UACAUAUUUAAAAGAUGUCAAGUGCUACCAAAAAGAAGGUUCAAAACUUGAAAUUACACAUAAAUCGUAAGAUACGCCUUACCACAUUUGUCUUACGAUCUGGAAAGAUGGAAUCAUUAAAUUAUCCUUGGAAUUACACACGGAAUCACGGAAUCAUGCCGGCAAUCCUAUACUACGCUAGACCCGCCGACCGGUUGAACGAACCCCUCGCUCCACUAUCCGUCAUCUAAGAUCUUUCCCUACCAAAUUUCGCCCAUUCUCACCGCCCCAAUCCAUCUAUUGAAAGUAUAUUUACGGAUAUACUGGUUUUUGAGGCCAGUUUCCGAAGGCUUACCAUUGCGAAUGUGCAUUAAUAUGAGAGGGAUUUGAUGUCUUAUCCCCUCUACGCACAUUUUCCAUCCUUUAAUUAUACCUAUUAGAAAAUAUACUUAACCCUCUAACUGACGAUGGCAUCACCUCCAUGGGCAGGGGCUGCGAGCCACGAACAAUAUUUUGUCCUGCUAACAGGAGCUAAUAGUGGCGUCGGUCUUGGUAUUGGUCAACGAAUAAUCGACGAAUUCCUCGCCUCUCGACCUCUAUCCUCACACCUAAUCCUCAUUCCUACCACCCGCUCAGCUUCCAAGUCUCGCGAUACCAUCCUCUCCCUACGCGCCCAUUUAAAAAAGACGUCGAAAAGCUCUAAACAGCUUCGAGCUCGAGCAGGCCCCGACUACGACCCCCAAAGCGCCAUCUCCCGAGUUCACGUGCUUAGCGUCCAAGUCGACCUAUGCGAUCCCCGUUCGAUAUAUAGCGUCGCGAAGCAAUUGGUACAUGGCAAAGUGAGCGAUCCGACCGGUGUAAUCGAUGACGUGAGAAUACCUCGCAUCGAUGUCGCGCUCUUCAACGCGGGCAUCGGCGGUUGGUCUGGGCUCGAUUGGCUUUGUUUAGCGAAGCAAUUCGUCACAGAAGGGAUCGUACAGAGCUGUACAUUCCCUGCUUUCAAAAUGGCAGCUGUGCCGCGUUCUGAGCUAGACACAAAGAAGCUAUUAGGAAGUUCUAGCAAAUCCGACCCGAAGAACCAACCGCCUAAACUAGCUGAGGUUUUUUGCGCCAACGUCUUCGGGCACUAUAUUCUCGCUCACGAGCUACUGCCACUUCUAAGCCGCUCGGAACCUAGCGAACCAUUGGGUCGAGUUGUUUGGACGAGUAGCGUGGAUGCUACACACGAACAUCUCAAUUUCGAGGACUUCCAGGCACGCUCGGACAAACCGCCGUACGAGAGCAGCAAGCGGAUAACAGACAUAAUGUGUCUAACGGCGGACUUACCCAGCGUACAGAAAGUAUCCACGCCAUAUUUUAGUUCGCCUGCCACCGCCGACAAACCCAUCAAACCCCGAUUCUACCUAUCCCAUCCCGGCGUGGUCUGUACGCCUCUAUUCCCUCUCAACUGGUUCCUCUUCUAUGCCUACUGCCUCGUAAUGUACUUAGCCCGAUGGCUAGGUUCACCCUGGCACGUCGUAGGGUCAUACGCCGGUGCCGGCGCAACAUCCUGGCUCGCGCUCGCGGACCAAGAAACACUCGACUCCCUACACGCCGAGCGCGUCAAAUGGGGUUCCGCCGUUACGCGAAUGGGACAUGUCGCUCCUAAGAAGACCGAGGUCUCAGGCUGGGGUUGGGAAGGCAAGGUCGAAAACCGCGAGACCCUUAAGCGUGACGAUGCCCAAGGCAUCCUGCGCAAAGAAAGGGGCCGCAAGUGGAAUGCCGGAGAUACGACUGAAGACCUCUUAGUUGAAUUCGAGGAAGAAGGACGUAAUUGCUGGUCCCGACUAGAGAAGUUGCGAGAAGCCUGGGAGACCGCUCUCGGAGAACCAGAGGGCGCUGUUGCUAACGGGCAUAGCGCGUAAUAAUGAGGAGGGCUUUAUAUACCCUAAAAGCAAUUCCUUAUCUGGACUGAUAGCAUUGCGAGCGGUUUACGUGCUAGUACAUAUGAUUCAACACGAUGUUCAAAACGAUGAUACCUCGAGCAUAUAAUAUUUAAUAUUUACUUAUAUAUAUUUACACACAUAAUAUCACAAAAUUCGACUAAUA